GUUUAUUUUGUUAAAGCAUAUCCGAUCAAUAUGCCUAGUCUGAUAUUUUAGAUCGAACUUAAACCUAUACAUAUAUAAUUGUGGAACUAAAUUGUUCUUAUAACUUUUUGAGACUAAUUAUUCAAGGAACUGAAGCAAAGUUCAUUUAUACUACAUACGUUGUUUACUAGUACAUCAUAUCUGUUUAUCUGAAAGUGUACUUUCUACAGCUAUGGGAAUUGGAAUAUACUCUUGAAAUAUUAAAGAUUCCUAUAGGUUUAACUUAAACUGGUAUUGAACACUUUGGGAUAUGCAUUAGGUUAAAAGAGAUCUCCAUCUAAAAUGACAGCGACUGACUCGGCACGCCCAUACCCGGGAUAUAAAAAGGAAACAGCUCCUCUUUCCCCUGGUCCAGCAGCUCGUGUGAAACCGGAAGCUUCUAGUAAUGCCAAUAAAGCUCGUGGUACUUUUGAGCUUAAAUACGGAGCCAAGACUACACGGACGCCAAAACCGGAGCCAAAAUGUCAGAGUAAUUCUGCCCGACAGAAUUACGAGGCCGGAAAAGGAACAGUCGGUAAGCUGUUUGGCGGACGCCCUACUCCGCGCUUAAACCUAGGAACGUUGGCGGCACCACGUGUUAAGCCGGAAGCGGAGGCUACCGCCACUUUACAUGCAGGAGGUAGAACGAAAGAACUUUUUCACAAGCAAGGGAAGCUCCAAUUAUCGCCACAGGCAGCCCCGAGAGUUAAACAGGAAGCGGAAUCGAUCGCAGAAGAACAUAAGGGAGGACGGAUGGAGAAUCUUAUCCAUGAUCCAAAAAAGUUACCAGCGUCGGAUCGCCCUGUCCCUAGGGUGAAACAGGAAGCCGAAAAAACUGCUCAGCUCGGAGCGGGACCAAGAAUGAAUAAGUACAUCCACAAAUACGCCACGCCGUUAUCCUCGCGAGCUGUGCCGAGGGUGCGACCGGAAGCUGAAGACAUUGCGCAAAGUCAUGAAGGAAAGCCGGUCGCAAAGCUUCUUAAUUCCUAUGGGAAUAACACUCCCUCAGCUCGACCCGCUCCAAGGGUCAAACCGGAAGCGGAACAAAUGGCAGAACCGCACAAAGGUGGCCGUAUGAAGUGUCUUGUGCAUAGUCCCGGGCGGCUUCCGAGCUCGAACCGCCCCGUGCCACGGGUCAAGGACGAUGCAUAUGACAAUGCUGAACUUGACAAGGGGAAACAAGUCGGCCGCCUCUUGUACGAGUACGGCUCCCCGGCGUCCUCCCGGCCAGCAUCGCGCGUGACGUCAGAGGGGGAAGAAAAUUAUAGAAAGUCACAGGGGACCAUGAGCGUGCUUAUGGGAAGUUAUGGUAGACUUCCGCAAUCCAGUCGUGGGGUUGCGCGGAUUACCUCGGCGGGAGAGGAAAUUGCAAGAAAGAGCAUGGGAGGCAGGAUGUCGUGGCUUCUAGCAGGCGGCAAAAAAGGCUAACCCAUAUUCAGGGCAUUCUUACAUAUUUAUUUUUGUGUUGUUUUUUCGGCUAGUUAAAAUAACUCCAUAACUGAAGUGAUAUUGAUACACCAGUUUUGGUGGUAAAGAGUUAAUAAGUUGUUAUAUUUGUACUAAGGUACAAAUGCUGUCUGGCAGUACAAGGCUGUUGGUUGUUAAAGUUAAUUUGUGAAAAAACGCAACGGGCAUUGUUUGUACAAUGAGUAUGUUUAAGAAAGGAUGUCUUGUUAUUUAAUUUGUAUAGCCAGUCAAAAUGCACACAAUGUUCCUCUUGUUCUGUAGCAACCAAGAAUUGAAAAUAAAACAUCUAGGGUCUACCUCAUUACA